AUGGCGGAACGGUUGUACGUGGGAAAUUAUGAAGGUGGGAUAUUAGGAUUAUAGGGUAAUAGGUAAUUUAGUUCAUGUCUGUCAUAUCGAUAAGUCAUUUCAACAUUUUCAAUUGAUAAACGUUUCUGAACAAAGUUCGGGUAAAGUGUUUUGAUACAUUUUUUUUAUUGAAAAUUGUAUUGAUUGCAAAAUGAAUUACUGCAGUUUUUUGAGUUUUCAAGCUUGUAUAAUUUUUGUGAUUUCACGUGACAUGAAUUUUAUCCGCGUAAAACACCCAAAGAAAAUAUUAAAUAGCUAUAUAAAUAACUCGAACAACGUCAGAAUAUCUCUGAAACGAACAUGUUAACAUACAGGUAUUUGUCGAUUUUUUUAUAUUUUUUUUUCUCAUAGAAUUUUGAUAGCAAUAACGAUUUUAACAGAAACCGAUAAUGAGGCUACAUGCGUUUUUGCUGGAGCAUGGCCGAAGAUAAGAGAAGGCAUGGGUUUUAACCCCUCGAGAAAUUUAAAAAAAGUAUUGCAAAUGUAAUAUACAUUCUAAAUGCAAUAAACGAAAGUGUCUAUAUAAAAAAAAAAAAAAACUCAAUACUGAAAUACCUAAGCAUAUAACAUAUAUAUCUCGACAUAACUCGUAACUAUACUUACUCCCCCACUAACACCUGAUCUUCCUUGAAGAGUUUCGAGCGAAAAUAGUAAUUUUAUCAUUAUUACGAUUGUAAAAAAAAAAAAAUGAAUUAGCCAUGGCUAAUCAAGCGAGUCUACAUUUCUGACAUUCAGCGUUCCUCCGUUUUCAUACGGUUCAGUGGAGAAUACGAUCUUUCGGCGGGGGGAGGGGGGGAGGGGGCCCUGAAAAAUUAGCCAGGAACUCGGUUAACACUGGAAUCAUAAAACAGUUUACAUACACAAACACGGCCUAUGGGGGAGUCAACGGCUCCCUUAGCCCUUCUCUGGCUACGCCUCCGAGCGCAUAGUUUUCUCCAGUCUUAUGUUUUCACGGUUCUGUCGAAUUACUUUGUACGAACGGUCGUCCGGCGUAAUAAGGUAAAUGACAGAUGCGUAUAUAUUUUUUCAAUAAUCGUUUGUUUGAGCGUGCGACGCGAUAUCGACGAGUAUUGAGAAUGUUACUAGGCGAACGUGUCGAAAUACUCGUUUUUUCCAUAACGACAUACUACGCGUACCGUAUUACUUAACAAAACGCAAUGAUGCAUUUAAACACUUACAUUUCUGUUAACUUAUUCCGUAACACACCGAAGUAUUUUCCGAAUCGUGUGUCGAGGAUUUUUUCGUGUUUCAUGAAUCCGUUUUCUAAUCUCAAUAAUAGAAUAAUCGUAUUAUAACGACCGGUUUAUAAAUUUAUUACGAUUUUUUUUUUCGUAUCCGUAUUAUUGUUGUUGUUAUGUUCGUCGGUCGGCCGCGGCGAUAUUUCUUCCGGCCGUCUAGUUAUUAUUGUAAUUAUUAUUGUUAUUAUUAUUGUUAUGAUUACGAUAAGAGCGGGUCUAAACGGAUUACCUAACAGCGCACGAUCCCCGGCGCCGGACCCGCGGAGGCGGGCGCGCGGCGGUUACGUGUGAACGUUUGUCGGCGGCGGCGGCGGCGGCGACGUUCUCGCGCGCUAUUAUAAAACGACCGAACGGCAGACGGUCGGCGAGUUAGUGACAUCCGAACGGUCAACGGACGAGGUUCACACGGCGGCCCGCACACCUCCUCGACGUUCACGAGUCGUCGCGUCAUCGACGUUUCUGCGUUCCAUAUACCGAACGAACACGACGCGCGCACUCGACGUUCGCGCUACGUUACAAUAACGGUAAUAAUACGCGCCGUGAACGUGUUCCGCUCGGCGGCGCCGCUGUAACCGGUAGGUACGCGCGGUAUUUUUAACGACGGCGUUGUUACGGCCGGUCGCUGUUCGCGAAUUUUCAACAAUCCACCAAUAUAUUUGUUUAACGUUGUUUUCCAUUAUUAUUAUUAUUAUUAUUGUUAUUGUUAUUGUCAGGUGUUUUCGUUAGACGCGCGGACUGCGCCGGAGAGCGCGGCGAUGACGAGCCGCACGGCACUGGCGGUACUGUUGGCGGCGGCGGCGAUGGCGUCGCCGUCCGUGUCGGGUCAGACAAUGACGUUCCCGGACGCCGCGGCGGACAACGGGACGGCGGCGACGGCCGGCGACCAGAGGAGCGCCAAGAACCUGUUCAACUGGCUGGGGAGUUUCGCGGACGAGGAUGCCGACCCGUACCUGUCGUCCGCGAACGGCGCGUGCUUGCAGGGCGACAUGGCCGAGUGUUUCAAGGCCCGCGCCCUGUCCGGGCUCGGCGACUUUUUCGGCCGGGACGCGUACCGGCUCAACGAGAACGUGCGCGUGGUCCGGCUGCAGGGCGGCGACGACGGCGGCUUCGGGGACGGCGGCCGGUCGUCCAGGGCGUUCGAGUUCUCGUCGGAACAGCGGCCCGACGACACCGAGUGGGACCGGCUGGUCAAGUUCGCCCUGCGCAAGGUGGAACGGUUCCUGCGAGCCACCGCGGUCGAGGUGCACGUGCCCGACGAGCUCACCGAGGGCGGACGGUACUCGCCCAGGUUCAUCGACGAGAUAUCCACCGAGCUGGACACGCUCGAGGACAAAAAGGCCAGCAUCAUCAGUGAGUACACUGGACGCGAUUUUAUUUUUAUUAUCGCAUUUAUUAGCGCCUGUGUGUUACCGUCGGGUUUCUACCGCGGCCCGACUCAAAUCGGACGGGAAACGGUUCGCGAAAGCGCCAAACCGCGUACCCAUUUUGGACCGGCGCGGUAUCAUUCACGAGCGUUGGUAAAUUUCGAAAUUUCCGUCGCUUUUUAGAAACGUCUCGCGCACGUGACAUUUCCCCGCGUUUUCACGCUCUGCGGCACGUGUGCGGAGUACGCAACGUGUUGGUAGUUUCUCGUUUCGCGUGCGCGUGCGCAGAUUUUUGAAAACUGUUUACUCCCCCCCUCCCCCCAUUCGAAUUUCAAACACCCGGACGGCCGUUUUGCCCGGGGCAUUCCGUUAAACAUUACGACCGCGUAUCGGCCGCGCCCAAGUUUUAUAGCGUCGAAUUUGAACCGGAGAAAGUUUUCCGCGCACACGUAGUGUUUAACGCACACACAUGUUGUUAUAAGCGAUCGUCCCGUUUCCCCGGCGUUAAAUUCUGUAACACGUGCCGAAAUACCAUUUCCCCGUACGUCGAAGUGUUCCGAACGAAUUGCGUUCGGAAUUUAAAAUUUUCAAUUACGAUAACGGCCGAUCGCAUUUCGAGAAUAACGCGAGAAUUCCGCGCGCCGCACACACGACGGGCAGUGUUCCGUAUAAAGCGUUUUGAAUAUUUAAAAAACAUUUUUAAUAUACCAACGGAGUUCCGAUUGGUUUUGGAACAGCACUUUAUUUUUGUUUUAAAAUAAUACUUUUUGUGUCGCUCCCGUUUUUAGACCAUGAAAAUACUUUUUCGGUUAGUAAAUAUGAUCCGAUUUUUUCACACAUCGUUCUAAAGAAAUCCGGCACGACCAUCAGACGGUACUUGAUUGCAAAUAUUUUUCUAAAUUUUCAACAGCCCAUACCCCGUCCCCUCCCUCCCUUCAUAUUUUGUAUGUAUCAGCCUUGCGGCGAUGUUUAUUACAAUUUUUUUUUAUGCGAACACUUUUUUUUACCGGAACGUUUACUCCGAUCACCAAGUAUAGCACCUUAUCUGAAAGGUAAUGUUUUCUGGCUGGGUGGAACUUUAAAGAGGUCGUUUUUUUUGAAAUUCGAGAUGAUGGAGGAGACACCUGGUUCUUUAGGUUAAAAAAGAUUAAAAAAUAUAAGGUUGUAACUGGCAAUCGUGUUUUUAUUUAUUUUUUGUUAUUAUUAAGUUUUUUAUUACUUUAAUGGUUUUUUUUUUUAAACAAUCAUUGUUGUCAUGGAAACGCACAUUGUUGUAAUCGUUUUACCGUAGUUAUGACACGCAUACGUAUACUGUUGACAAAGCAACACUAUCAAACGAACUCCGCUCAGAAUCGUUUUUCCGCCAUCAAUACGGUUUAUCGUUGCUCACCGACACGCGUUAAAUGGCCCGUCUGUAUCCUACCUUCCCGACUACCCGCCUACAACAGUGGCCGCACCCACGUGCGGAGUGUAUGUCCGUCCUUAAUUUUUGUUCAAUGUAAACUGUAUUCCCAAAAAUACUUUUAUGUGUUCCUGAUAAUUUGUUCGGAACACAAUCGCUUGUAAAGAAACGCUCGAGCACUCGAGCGUGUUCGGCGUACGUAUUGACCUGGGCGUUUCACUCGAGUCCGCGCGGCAGUGGGUUAAGACUGUUACGAUUGUUGCGAUUGCGGGCGACGAGCCGCGUUCAUCAUCGGACGGUCGGCAAUCGAGAACGCCGAAAACCGCCGAGACCGCAACACUGUACGAUACAAUUUCUAGCUCACGGAACCGCUCGGUCGCCCGGAAUAGAAUGGCAGUUUCCGGCCGGUGUACGGUUACACCUGUACUUACGCGCCGGGACGUGCGGGGUACGGGACGCAAAUCGAAAAUGAUACAAUCGCGGAUCCGCGGAAAUGCGUUUCCGGACGCGGAUAACGGCGACGAUGUGGAUUUCGAGUUUCAACACGCAGCGUUGCUGUCCGGGGAAACGACGGCGGCGUAACGAGCGGGAGCCGCGGGCCGCGUUUCUCGUCGAAACCCGUCGAAAACGGUUUUUUCCGAAACCAAUCGGAUAUCGCGUGCUCCCCGGGAACCCCGCCCCCCCCCCAGCAACGGCGACGGCGACGGCCGACGGUACCGCGAACGCUGUUCGGGAAAUAUUACGGCGGCCGGUCGUCGCGCCGCACAAUUAUCGCGCUGCAAAAACGGUCGUACGAACAUCACUGUCGCGUUUGCGCGGCCGACGAAAUCGAAACGCAACAAACGGCCGCGAACGCUUUGCGGGCGCCGCGGUUUUCCAGACCGGAACGCGACGCGCGCAGAGACGGGUCGUCGACUCGGUUUUUCCGCGGGUAACGUUUCUCGUGUGCGGCGGUCGGUGUCUUGUAUUGCGAGCGGUCGUGUUUGCGGGUGUUUUAUUCGUUUUUCUUGUCUGCCGGCCGCGCGUCGUUCGUUCGUCCGCGCGGAAAUCCCGCGGCCCGGCAUGCGCGACGCGCAUCUGUUUGUACGCGCGGCCGGAAAUCCGUUACGGUUUCCGGGCGCGGGAGGGCCGGCGGUUUUCCCUCGCUCCCGUGUCGACGUAAGCCGCGCGAUCGAACGGUUUUUCGGUUUUUCGGAUUUAAAAAAAAAAAAAAAAAACUUUAAAAUAAUCCGGUUCCCCCGGUCCCGUCUGACGACAUUUCGGAUUUAGAAAUUUUUCUCUUUUUUUUUUUUUUCUAUUUAUCUUUUUCUCGCGAGAACCACAAUUGCAUUUCGAAUCGUUUUCUUUCUCAGUCAGUUUCUAUUCGAUUUCGCGCGGAUAACAUUGAAUCGAAUCAACCCCUGUGUUCCCGUGUUCCCGGCUACACCCGGCGACGACACGGCAGGUACACCCGGCCGCGAAACGCGUGUCAUCGACGUGUCCUCGCGUCAUUUCGCCGCCGAUUCCUUUUAUCUCCGGGUGUGUGCGUUUUUUUUUUCCGUACACGUCGUUGCCAACGCGCCGCCGCACACGCGUAUUAGUUCGUCGUCGGUACCGAGGUAAUCGUGUAAACCGGAGCAAUACGAUCGCCGCCGCUUGUGUGAUAUCACAGGCGCUUUCUCCUCUCGCGAACGAUCAUCCACAAUUUUACUACGAGGUCGUUCGGUUAUUUUUCCCCGCGCGCGUCGGCUCCGCCGAUAUCUCGUCGUUAUUAUCGUUUUAUUUGUUUUUUGUUUUUGUUUUUUUUUUUACUCCACCCGUACAGCGUACCGGUAUUGUACGCGUCCUAGGCGCGGGCGUACAUUUAUCGUGUCGUAGUGUUUACGCGGGGUUUACUCGGUUCGGGUCGUUUCCGAUUGCGCGCGUUGUUAUUGCCGUCGUGCGGCCGGCGACCCGGUCGUCGAGGCAAACGAAACGAAAACUGAAAACGAACAGAGUAAAAAAAAAUAAAUCGUUCGUACGCGCCGGCUCGCCGCUUCCCGGCGUGUUCCGGCGGGACAAAAAAAAUCGGGACGUCGCGUCGGCUCGGGCCCCCGUCAUCUACGCGUGCGCGUGUGCUCGCGUUCGCGUUCGCCGCGAUCCGACGAGAACACUGCGCGCCCGACGAUUGCGCCGCUGUGACCGUCGUGUGUCGUGACGGGAUCGAGUCGUGUUGACGUUCGACGUGUGCGUACCGCGGCACGUGUGGGCGAAAUUUCCGGAAAAAUUGCAAACCACACCGCGUGUCGAACGAUUCUGCGACGAUCGGAAAGUGUCGAAAAACAACCGCUUGUUUACUGCAUUUCCAUUGGCCAUCGCCGUUGCCGGCGCGCGAAGAAUGUACACGACGGUUUUUUCGCGGCCGAAGUGGCACCUUCCGCUUUUAAAGGAAACACGCGAAUUGCCACGUUUACAACUGACCACGCCCGCACGGGCCUCGGGUUUUACGUAACGAAAACGAAAGCAUCUCCACGUGCGCCCCCGCACAAUAGGUGCGAAUUCGUUUGAAUUGACGCGGAUUAACGCGGGCGAAAUCGUUAAACCGAGCUUUGUAUUCGUUUACUCGGGGUCACGACGCAACCGGAAGCGGCGACCAAAAAUAAUUGUACUAGACACCAUACAAUAUCCGUAUUAUUAUCUGCUUUGUGGACGUGUCGAGUAUUGUCAUUCAAAUUUCACGCGUUACGUUUACACAAAUCGGACACUUUAGUCGCUGUCGUCGUAACGAAUGUGUUUCAGCCGUUUCUAACACUUUGCGGUUUUCACGCUUUUAGGCAACUAUAACAACUGACAUGGCGGUGUUGCAUAGUCCAUAAUUGUCGUCACAAUAACGCCAACCACGUUACCGUUUAGGAUGCGUUCACUAAAUGAAAAGACAGAACGUUAACAUUUAGCGACGGGCACCUAAAAUAAAUGAACGGUUCAAAAUCAUUGACAUUUUCAAUGGAAAACAAAUAGUCCUACAAUCGAAAGCACGCGAACUUCUUUGUUACGAGAGUAUGAAAGUACAACCUCAACCCUCCCUCCCUACCUCCCCCACCCCCGAAAUAUUUUUUUUUGUUGACGCACCUGCAUGCCGUACAGUUUAUCCUCUAACCUGCGGCGGUGUUCCCCCCAUUGGGCACACCACGCAAUAUUAAAUGCCGUACGCUCUCAACGUUUUGUUGAAAAAUCGCGGGCUGUGCCACUUUUACGGCACCGACACCCGAAACGGUAAUCGCUAUCGUUUUUAUUGCAGCGAUUGUUAUAAUUGCGAAUUUCACGAUCGUCCUGCGACACAUUGUACUUGAUUUUCGAAAACUAAUCCGUUUUCCCGCACAAAUAAUACGGUCCGCAAGAAAGAUAUAAAAUCGGUUUACUCUCUCUCUCGAAAAAAUAAAAAAUAAAAACCAAACGAAUGGGAACACCGCUGCCUAUAAUCGUACGAUAUCCCCGCGUGUUUAUCACGACGCUUACUAACUGACCGUUUACCGCGGAAUGUUGCAUAAUGACGCCCGGCCGUUUUGUGUUUUCAGCCAAGAAAAAAGUGAAAAAGCUACUGAUCCCGUUGCUGAUCGUGCUGAAGCUGUUCAAGCUGAAGCUGCUGCUGUUCCUGCCGCUGAUCUUGGGCCUCGCGUCGUUCAAGAAGUUCUUGGGCUUCCUGGCGCUGGUCGUGCCCGGGCUCAUCGGGUUCUUCAAGCUGUGCAAGCCCGACUUGCAGCACAACUACGGCACGUACGGUCACAGCAGCUACUAUCACAGGCCGUCGCACGGCGGUUCCGGGCCACCGCCUCCCGGUCCCGUGUACACGCCGUACCGCGAGCACCAGGAUCCGCCGACGCCGUACCGCGAGCACCCGGAACCGCAGCAGUACCUGUACGAGUCGCCCGACGCCCGGCCGUCGUACGGUCAACCGUACAACAACGGCGGCCCGGCCAGGAACCAGCAGGACGACAAGGACCCGGGGACGGCGUUCCGGCCGUCCUCGGGAUCGGUGUCCUUCAAGGACAACGCCAACGACAUGGCGUACAACGCUUACGGCAAUCAACAACAUUAG